AUGUGCAUUUUUGUAGAUAUGGCCAAUAUUGAUGAACCAGUUUAUUUGGCUUGUAGACGAGCACUUGGACUUGAUGGUUCGAGUGAAAUUAGUGGUCUUUUAUCAAACGUUCAAGAUAUUGAAACAUUAACUGAAGACGUUAUUAAUGUUGUACGAACAAAAAUGCGCGAACAAAAUGCGAUUAGAGAUACAACAAUAUUUGUUCGUCCAUUUGUGGAAUUAUUUAUGGAUUCAACAAAUGCACCUCGAAUGUUUACAAUUAAUAAAUUAUUAAAAAAAAUGGUCGAAUUUCAACCAUCUUUAGCGAAACCAUUUGCUGAAGGUCUUUUACAACAUCCACGAAUGAAUUUUGCAUUACCAGCAUUAAUAUGGAAUUCAGCAAUGGAUCUUCUUCAAUUUCUUGUACGCUUUCCAGAUUAUAAAGGUAUUCGUGAUAUUUUUAAACAAUUAUUAGAAAAGGUUCAAAUGCUAAUGUCACAUACACCACUUCAAGAUAUUGAAAAAGUAUUCAAAUUUUAUACGCUUGUUGCUCUUAUCAUGAAUCCUGAUAAUAAUCUUCAAUUAAGUUAUUUUAUUCAAAAUGAAAUAAAGCAAACAUUGCCUUGGGGUAAACCAGAAAACCCGUAUCCACCUGUAAAUAUUGAAUAG